UUUUCUUCCCGCUCUUUGCGGUUUCCUAAAGAUUUCUGCGAUUAAAAUGAAAUUACAGAGUGAGAAAGAGAAUUGUUUUUUUAUAUAUAUUAGCUAUUUGAAUGUAACUAUAUAAAGUAUUGAAGGGAUAGAAAACGACAGAUCUACAUCGAAUAAGCAAGAAUAAAUUUUGGUAACCCAUUAGCUCUACUUAUUCUGUAAAAAGCAACUUCUAACCUAUUUGAAGAAAAUGUCUGAUGAAAAAUCGACAGUGCAAGAAUUUAAGUUAGAUCCGGAUUGUGAAUUGAGAUUUGAAGUAGAAAGUAAGAAUGAAAAAGUUACAUUGGAGUUAAAAAGUGGCCUGGCAGAAGUAUUUGGGACAGAAUUGGUAAAGGGUAAAAAGUACGAAUUCAUUGCUGGUGCAAAAGUUGCGAUUUAUACUUGGCAAGGUUGCACUGUUGAGUUAGUUGGAAAAACUGAUGUUAGUUAUGUUGCAAAAGAGACACCUAUGGGUUUGUAUCUCAAUUGCCAUGCAGCGAUGGAAAGGAUGAGAGAGACUGCAGAAAAGGAUGACACUAGAGGUCCAAUAACGAUGGUUGUGGGCCCCUGUGAUGUAGGAAAGUCCACACUUUGUAGAAUAUUGCUGAAUUAUGCUGUAAGAAUGGGCAGAAGACCGAUUUUCGUUGAUCUCGAUGUUGGCCAGGGACAUAUAGCGAUUCCUGGUACUGUGGGUGCUCUGUUGGUGGAACGGCCGUCUAAUGUAGUAGAAGGAUUCAGCCAACAAGCCCCGCUGGUUUUUCAUUUUGGACACAAAACACCGCAAGCCAAUGUGACAUUGUACAAUUUACUCGUCACUCGUUUGGCAGAGGUUUGCUCGGAUAGGCUACAAGCUAAUAAAAAGGCUAAAGCCUCUGGCAUUGUUAUAAACACAUGUGGCUGGGUUAAAGGGGACGGUUACAAAUUGCUCACACAUGCUGCGCAAGCAUUUGAAGUGGAUGCGAUCCUUGUACUAGAUCAGGAGAGACUCUAUAAUGAACUGGUGAGAGAUAUGCCAGACUUUGUGAAAGUAGUUUUUCUACCGAAGAGCGGUGGAGUUGUCGAAAGGAGUCAAGCACAGAGGACUGAAGCGAGAGAUCAGGGCGUCAGGGAGUAUUUUUAUGGCUCUCGAACUCCUCUAUAUCCACACAGUUUCGAGGUGAAAUGGAGCGAGGCAAGGCUAUAUAAGAUCGGGGCACCCGUUUUACCGGCUUCCUGCAUGCCAUUGGGUAUGAAGGCAGAAGAUAAUUUGACAAAAUUAGUGGCCGUUACGCCGGGACCUAGUUUGUUGCAUCAUCUUUUGUCUGUCUCAUUUGCUGAUUCUCCCGAGGAUGAUGUUGUGCAGACUAACGUCGCCGGAUUUGUCUGCGUAACCAAUGUGGAUGUCGAGAGGCAAACGUUCACUGUACUCAGCCCACAACCUAGACCACUGCCGAAUACAGUCUUGUUAUUAUCAGACAUACAAUUUAUGGACAGUCAUUAGCAACUAGACAAUUUAUUAUCAAUUAGUAAAUGUAAAAAUGUAUAAAAAUAUGAGUAAUAAUCAAAGAAAAUUUUUUUACAAUAUUAGAAACGUUUAAGAUAAUAUAAAGAAUAAUUUACUCAUACACACACA